UCGAGCCGGACGCCAUCAAGGGAUCCUGACACACUCCGAUCCCAAUCCCCAAACACCGACACACCACCCCCAGUCAAUGCCGCGAUUCAAACUACGAGAUUAAAGACUUCUAACUCGUAACAGAAAACGCGGCUAGCCAUGCGGUAUCGCACCAGUACAUAGCUAGGCGUUAAUUUGUAAAAAUAAACUUUUUUUCAAAGUGCCUAUGAUAAUUCAUUUAGUUUAGUGGUAUAGAAGUCACCGACCGUUGAAGCUGGAAAAAUAUCGUAGACGAUUCAACGCGCUUCAAGUUUUUAUUGUUUCACGCAAAAUAAUAAAAAAAAAAUAAUAAAAAAAAAAAAGAAAGACAAACUGAUAACUAGGCGAUAAAAAGUGACUCUAUGGCCAAGGUGAUUUGCAUUCGCAUUAGGCAUUAACAAAUUUAUAACAAGGUGAAAUUUCGUGUUGCUUCCGUUUUGGAAUAAUAAAAACACAAGGAUAUAGAAAUGGCAAAUUUUCGGGGAUUUUAUAUACCUCCAAUUGGUGCGACCAUAAACGUCGCCUGGGAGACUCUGAAGGCGAAAUGGCCGGAAAGCAGCCCAUGCAUGGAACUGAUACGCGGCACUGGCGGGGGUCAGUCGCAAGGUCAACAAAAGCAAUUCGAACAGUUUAACGAGGGUCGUGACAACACCGAAAUGACGGCAAUGAAUGGCGAACACCCUUACGCGGAACAAAGUAUCGGCGGGAUUGCGGAAGACUCUUUCAGCUACCAGCGCAGCAACGACAAACCGAGAGGCGGAAGCACAAGCAGCGGCGGCUUCAGCGAAUAUGAUGACGGUGGGGAAUUUGGGGCUCCCGGAGUCAAGAUCAACGAAUGGCAGGCAGCCUGGAACAUCACAAAUGCGAUCCAGGGAAUGUUUAUCGUGAACUUGCCGUUCGCCGUGCUUCGCGGCGGUUACUGGGCAAUAGCCGCGAUGAUUGGAAUCGCCCACAUUUGCUGUUACACCGGCAAGAUACUGGUCGAAUGUCUCUACGAGUUGGACCCUGCAACGGGGCAGCGUGUCAGAGUGCGAGAUUCGUACGUGGCAAUUGCCAAGGAAUGUUUCGGGCCAACGUGGGGAGCGAGAGCAGUGAACAUAGCUCAGAUAAUCGAGCUACUGAUGACGUGCAUCCUCUACGUCGUAGUAUGCGGUGAUUUGAUGAUCGGUUCUUUUCCCGAGGGAGCAAUCGACACCAGAAGUUGGAUGAUGCUCAUCGGUAUAUUCCUCAUUCCGUUGGGAUUCCUGAAAUCCUUGCAGCACGUUUCGGUUCUGAGUUUCUGGUGCACCAUGGCCCACUUGCUGAUAAACGCGAUAAUCGUCGGCUACUGCAUCCUCGAGAUCGGCGACUGGGGAUGGUCGAAGGUUAAGUGGGACAUAGACAUGAAGAAUUUCCCAAUAUCGCUGGGCGUAAUAGUCUUCAGCUACACCUCUCAAAUAUUUCUUCCAACCUUGGAAGGAAACAUGAUCGACAGGUCAAAGUUCGACUGGAUGAUCAACUGGAGUCACAUAGCGGCAGCAGCGUUCAAAUCUCUAUUCGGAUGGAUAUGCUUCCUCACGUUUCAGACGGACACGCAACAAGUGAUCACCAACAACCUUCACUCCCCAAGUUUCAAAGGUCUGGUCAAUUUCUGCCUCGUCAUCAAGGCCGUCCUCUCUUAUCCUUUGCCGUAUUACGCCGCCUGCGAACUCCUCGAGCGCGCCUUCUUCAGAGGUAGACCGAAGACCCCUUUCCCAACCAUCUGGACCGUAGAUCGCGAGCUCAAGGUCUGGGGAUUGGCCUGGCGCGUGGGCGUCAUAGUCUUCACUAUUCUAAUGGCGAUUUUUAUCCCACACUUUGGCAUACUGAUGGGAUUCAUCGGGUCCUUUACUGGCACCAUGUUGUCGUUCAUCUGGCCUUGCUAUUUUCAUUUGAAGCUGAAAAGAAACUCCAUGGAAUGGGGCACGGUCGCUUACGACUGCUUUAUCAUUUUUCUAGGCAUUUUAUUCGGCGUUAUCGGCGUUUACGAUUCCGGGUCAGCUCUCAUCGAAGCCUUCGAAAUUGGCCUACCGUUUUAGGUCAUUUUAACGCAUAGCUACAUACAUUAUCUUUUUAUUAAUAUAAGGAGACACCCUUUACUUACGCGCACAUGUUCUAGUCACAUUUAGGCCACGUGAAUGUCGAUCACAGACAAACAUAAUAUAACGUACAUAUCGAUUAUACCGUACUAGAUCCAGAAGCAAUGUUCUACGGAACCAUAUCAGAGUAAUUUUUGAAACUCGAUAUUUCAUCGAUAUUAAGUCCUACCUAUACCUUGGGUGGUAAAAUGAAAUUGAUAAAGUGUUCUAAACCUAAUUUACAGCUUCCAGAUCUUACGACUAGCUUAUCCUACACUUAUGCAACAAGCAGUGAUCGUGACAAUAUUCCAGAACGUAUGUACCUAUACAUAUACAUAUGUAUUAUAUAUAAAUCACUGUCUUCCAAUGUUAAAACUGUACAAGUAUAUAUAUGUUAUUAAUUGUUGAGUAGGAUUCUGUAUUUUAUAAUAACGAUUAGGAAACAUAAUUUUUACGCACAAUUUAUAAUUACUCAUACGAGGUGAGUCGAAACAAACCCCUGCUGCAUAUUG